AUGACAUUUGCUGCUGCCCACAAGAGACUGAACUGGCGGACCUUCUGGUGCUGCUUUUUCUUGUCACUGGGCAGUUUCUGCUAUGGCUAUGCAGCUUCAAUCAUCUCCACGACUCUCGGCCAACCGACCUUUCUGUCAUAUAUGCAUCUGAUUGAUGCGGACGGCAAUCCAGCCCCGAACCAGGCGGCGUUGACGGGUACUACAGUGGGCUUGUUUUGUACUGGAGGAUGUAUAGGUGUCCUAGCUGCCAGCUGGUCCCUCGACCGGAUCGGCAGGAGACCAACCAUGAUAGCCCUUGUGGCCAUCUACAUUCUAGGCACCGUUUUGGUCACAGCCUCUCAGAACAUCGGCAUGUUCAUUGUUGCGCGGACAAUCCUUGGGUUUGGGGCAGUCUCCUUUAUCGCGGCCACAUCCACAUACAUCGCCGAACUCUCCCAGGCCGAGACACGGGGAUUCUUCACUGGUCUGACCGGCGUGGCCAUUGCCGUUGGCUACACCACCGCUGCGUUGAUGGGCCUCGCCUUCUCCUACACGGCAAACCCGGGCGUGCAAUGGAGGACGCCUCUCGGGCUGAGUCUGGUGCCCUCUACCGCUCUGCUGGCUGUGCUGUUCUGGGCCCCCGAGUCUCCCCGGUACCUGCUCCUCAAGGGCCGAGUCGACGAGGCGUGGCAGACUGUGAGCAGACUGCACCACGACCCGCAGGACGAGAACCAGGAGUACAUCAAGGAGGAGUUCUUCCAGAUGCGGACGCAGCUCGAGUUCGACCGGACCCUCGACUCUUCGUGGUUUCACCUGUUCUCCAAGCCCUCGUAUCGGAAGCGGAUGCUCAUGGCCAGCCUGGUGACGUUUCUGGGCCAGAGCACCGCCGUCCUCGUCGCUGCGGCCUACGGCCCUUCUCUUUACGCCUCGCUGGGGUUUAACGUCAAGCAGAGCCUGAUACUACAGUGCGGUUGGAUCGCAGGCUCUAUCCCCGCCGCCAUCAUCGGCGUCACAUUGUGCGACAGGUUCGGCCGCAAGCCCUUCAUCAUGGUAGGCUACGUGGGCUGCGUCGUGUCCCUGGCGAUCCUCACGGCCAUGGAAGCCAUCUACGCGCCCACGGCGACCAACAAAGUCGGCCUGGGCUGGGCGGUCACGGCCCUGUACCUCAUCGUCAUCUUCUACUGUGUGGGCGUCGAGGCGUGCGGCGCCCCGUUCUACUGCGAGAUCUUCCCGACGCACAUCCGGGCCAAGGGCGUGUGUUUCUGCGUCUUUGUCAACAGCGCCGCCAACCUGCUCUACCUCGAGGUGGCGCCGACUGCGCUCCAGAACAUUGGAUGGAAGUUUUUACUGGUCUUUAUCUGCGUCCUCUCCGUCGGCUCGGUGCUCUACUGGUUCUGGGUGCCCGAAACGAGGUCGGUGCCGCUGGAGGAACUCGCCGCAAUCUUUGGCGACACGGACGAGGUCAAGAUCUACUCGACCGACAUCACCGUCAUGGGCGACGGCCAGGUCGCCAUCGAGGAACAUCUUGGAAAGAGACAGGGCGUGGAUGUCAAGGUGGCGGCGGCAAAGGAGGGGACUGAGGUCGUCCUGCACGAGAAGGUCUGA